CCCGUGAUGCUACAACAUGUGUCUUUUGCCUUGGUGCUACAACAUUAUUGUUUUGAAAAUGCAUAUAUUCGAUCUCAUUCUGUGCCCUUUUCUCUGUGUUUACCAAACAACAAGUCUCUUCCCUUAGUAAAAAAUAUCCUUCUUUCUUCUUCUGAAUAUCAAUCUUGCAUUAAUCCAUGGCAGCCAAAACAUCCACCAACGGCACCCAUCAUUCUCUACCCGAGUACAUUCCAAACCGCAUUCCUGACCCACAUUAUGUCCGCAUCCUGGACACCACGCUUCGCGAUGGCGAGCAAGCCCCUGGAGCUGCCAUGACGUCCGAUCAGAAGCUCCAAAUUGCUCGCCAGCUCGCGAAGCUUGGUGUGGAUGUCAUCGAAGGGGGUUUCCCUUCAGCGUCACAGGAAGACUUCAAUGCUGUCAAGAUGAUAGCGCAAGAAGUUGGCAACAACUGUGACGCUGAUGGUUAUGUUCCUGUCAUUGCGGCCCUAUGUAGGUGCAAUGAGAGGGACAUAACGAGAGCCUGGGAGGCUCUCAAGUAUGCCAAGAGGCCAAGGCUUAUGCCUUUCAUAGCGGUGAGUCCGAUUCACAUGGAGUAUAAGCUCAAUAAGACUAAAGAAGAGGUGCUUCAAAUAGCCACUGAUAUGAUCAAAUUUGCACGGGGUUUAGGGUGUACUGACAUCCAAUUCUGUUCUGAAGAUGCAGCCAGAUCGGAUAGAGAGUUCCUUUACCAAAUUUUGGAAGAAGUUAUCAAAGCUGGGGCAACAACUCUGGGCAUAGGUGACACUGUGGGCAUAACAAUGCCAUUCGAGAUUAGAGAAUUGGUUGCUGGUAUAAAAGCCAAUGUCCCUGGAGCUGAAAAUGUUAUUAUUUCUAUUCACUGUCAUAAUGAUCUUGGACAUGCCACUGCAAACACAAUAGAGGCUGCUCGUGCUGGUGCAAUGCAAUUAGAAGUAACAAUUAAUGGGAUUGGUGAAAGGGCUGGUAAUGCCUCAUUAGAAGAGGUUGUGAUGGCCCUAAAAUGCAGGGGAGAUCAUGUCUUAGGUGGUUUGUAUACUGGAAUUAAUACAAGGCACUUAUUGAAGACAAGCAAGAUGGUUGAAGAGUUCUCUGGUAUGUAUUUACAACCACACAAAGCUGUUGUAGGUGAUAAUGCCUUUCUCCAUGAAAGUGGCGUUCACCAGGCUGGAUUAUUAAAGCAUAGAGGUACAUAUGAAAUAUUGUCUCCCGAAGAUAUUGGCCAUGAAAAGUCCAAUGGAGUUAAUAUGGUACUAGGGAAGCUAAGUGGACGCCAAGCUUUGAAAAGUCGACUCAAAGAGCUUGGCUAUGAACUUAGGGAUGAAGAAGUUGAAAGUGUGUUUAGGAACUUCAAAGCAAUAGCUGAGAAAAAGAAGAGAGUUACCGAUGUUGAUCUCAAAGCAUUGGUAUCAGAUCAAGCUUCUCAUGCUGAGCCUAUUUGGAAGCUUGGUGGUUUGCAGGUGACUUGUGGAACUAUGGGUUCUUCAACAGCAACUAUCAAACUUGUUACUAGUGAUGGUAGCACACAUGUUGCUUGUUCUGUUGGUGUAGGACCAGUAGAUUCAGCUUACAAGGCUAUUAAUCUCAUAGUGAAGGAAACCGUAAAAGUACUUGAAUACUCACCAAGUACAGUUACAGGAGGCACCGAUGCAAUUGCUACUACACGUGUUGUAAUUCGUAGAGAGAAUAAGCAGUCACCUACUCCUGCUUUGAAUGGAAACGUUAUUUAUCCAACAUUUAGUGGUACCGGAGAAGGAGUGGAUAUUGUUACUUCAAGUGUAGAGGCUUAUAUUACUGCACUAAACAAAAUGCUCGAUUCAAAGGAAUGAUUUGUAUUUGUCGAAAGAAUUCUAGCACCUAAAUGUUAGAAUUCACACUUCAAGUUAUAAAUUCAGCUUGCUAUUUGUGAUUUCUUUGUUAUCUUUUUAAGUAUGGAACAUAUUAUUGGAGAAUGUUACCUUUGUAAGUCUCCACAUGGGACUAAUAUAUGAGAAAUGAACUUAUUAUUUGCUUGAUGAUCAAGGAGAAUAAAAGAAGGAAUAGUUCACGAAUUC